CGUCUUCGCGCAGAGAUGCUCUGCCGGGAUAUGGUAGGGAGGGGAGGGACGUAGUCGGCAUUGGGAUUUGUGUGAUGAGGAGACAGGAAGAGCGUGCGCUUUGUCGGGGACUCGCUCCUGCGCUGGGAAGAUGCGCGAGUGGGUGUCGUAGGCUCUUCGAGUUCGGCGGUGCGGCGGAAUGGGGAGCCGUGCUUAGUCUGCUUGCGGGGCUUGGGAUUAGGCGUGGCUUCGGUGACCAGUACGCUGCUUGAUGAGGCUUCAUUGUUGAUGAUUGAGUCGAGAGCCGUGUGAGAGGAAGAACGGUUGUGUGCAUUACGCUUCCGCUUGGAUAGCGCAGUGCUCUGCGUAGGGGGGUCGGCGAGCAGCGAUGGCGUGAACGGUUGCUGAAUGGGCACGGAUCGUGCGCGGGCGGUCGAGCCCCGACCAUGUCUCAGUAUCUCCUCCGGGGGUGGGCUAAACAACAUCCUGGAAGGAUCCAUAUCUUCCUCCUGUGUCUGGGACGAUGGAGGAGUCAAGAGGCCAGAUUCCGUGAGCGAAUCUUCAUCUUCACGAUCGGCAUUAGUCCUGGUGUUCAGACCGGGUGAUCGCUUCUGCCUCGAGGACUUCACGUUGCGCUUCGGGGGCAGUAGGUCGUCGAGAGAGGGGAGGUCUUCGCAGUGGUUCAUGGAAGACGGGGGCACAUUCUCCAUAGCAUGCAAUGGAAUAAACAAUAGACAGGAGCCUGCGUCGAAUAAG